AUGGUGACUCCGACAAAAUUCUUGAAUGGGUUAGAACCUUAUGCGUAUUUGAGUAAAAUGCAAAUGCGAACUUAUUCGACGGAGGAAGUAGAAAAAUUAAGCGUUUUGCAAAUUACUCAAAUUGAAUCUCAUGACAAUGUAGGUCACGCAUUACGGGAUGGUUUGUGCGACCCUCGGUUAGGUCCAACCGAACUGAACGAUGUUUGUGAAACGUGUCAUCUGCAGGGUGCGUUCUGUCCUGGGCACAUGGGUCACAUAAAGCUUGAUGUGCCGGUUUUCAACCCUUUGUUUUAUCGCUUCGCUUAUGCGCUGAUGAAAGGCUCUUGCGUUCAUUGCCAUCGCUUAACAUGUCGGACUGAUGGAAUAGCGUCAAAGCUUUUGAUGGCACAGAUCCGAGCCAUCAAUAUGGGAUUCAUAACAGUGGCUGAAGAGCUUAAAGGAUUUGUUGAAGAGAGACUCAAGAGGGUGUCGACAUUACGCAAAAUGAAUGAUCCAAAUAUUUUUGGGAUUUCGGAGAGCGAUGAAACAGAAGCACUUAUUGAGUUGAACAAACAUUUGGAUGAGCUUUAUAAAAAUCAGAGUGGAGACCAGCGUUGUGUUUGUCUUUCUAAGAAUGCUUUGGAAUUGAAAAUAAGUAUUGUACGGGAAUUUUGUUCUUCUUUUUUGUUUAAACAUGUUAAAAGGUGUCCGCACUGUAGACGAAACAAUGGGAUGAUUUUUAAUGACAAAGAUUGCUGUGUUUUGCUAGAUUUUGGUAGUUCAACUAACAGGCCAUCAAAAGUGAGAGGCUUGUUUAAAUUGGAAUCCACAGAUGAAAUUGGCAAACAGGAUGAUGCAAGUGAACACGAUGAGAAGAAGGAUGUGAAGAACACGGCUGAAAAAGAGUGUUACCGGAGCCUGUUGGAUGAACCAGCUGAAAUGGUGGUAGAGAAACAGCUGUUGUCAGUUGAAAAUAAUUUGUCUAACAAGCUUGCAUGGAGAGCUUUUGAGAUGCGAGAACAUUUUCGUGCACUCUGGAAGAAUGACGGGGGGUAUGGUUGCUGUCCAUUGGAUGUCCUGUUUUGUGAAACCGUAUUGGUACCACCAAACAAGUUUAGGCCGAUUCGGUUUUUCAAGGGUUCUGAGUUCCAUCAUCCCCAGACUGUCAAUCUAAAGCGACUUCUUGAGGCUACAGAAACGUUUCGGGCUGUCCGAUUAGCUGUAUCUGGGAAUAAUGAUUCUAAAUUGCUUGAGCUAAUCGCUACUCGUGUCCCUGGUAAAACGAUGCCUGAAAGAAUGCAUAAUGCUUAUCUCGCACUACAGCAACGAAUGAAUGCAAUAUUUGAUCAGGAUCUAGAUAGAUCUUCAGAUCAAAGAAAUGUGGUUCCGGGAUUGAGGCAGAUUUUAGAAAAAAAGCAGGGUUUAUUUCGCAUGAAUAUGAUGGGAAAACGUGUAAAUUACGCUUGCCGAUCAGUAAUUACUCCAGAUCCCUAUCUCGACGUUGAUGAAAUUGGGGUUCCUGAGAUUUUUGCUAGGAAACUGACGUUUGCUGAGCCGGCUAAUGCUUUUAAUAUCGCCUUAUUACGAAAAGCUAUAAGGAAUGGACCAGGGCUUCAUCCCGGGGCUAACUAUCUUCAAAAAAAUUCCGGUCAUCGACAGGUUCUUCUAGAGAAUAGACCCAACGACCGUCUUGCAGUUGCGAAACGAUUGCAUUUAGCGGACACAUGUAACUUAUUACCCCCUGUUCAGGUAAUCUAA